AUGGCCACGUCGACAGCUCCUCCGGGGAUGGAGACCAUCUGGAAGAUCGUGACGCCGGAUGAUCUGGCGGCGUGGAAGGCGGCGGGUGUCAUGACGGGAUCGGACCUAGACAAGGCUGACGGGUUCAUCCACAGCAGUAACGGGGAUAUGGUUAAGAAGGUGGCUCGCCUGUUCUUCAGCGAUCGCGGCGACUGCCUGCUCCUGAGGAUGGUUCCCGGGAGCUGGGAUCGCGCCGUGACGUGGGUCCCCGAUGAACCAGAGGGCAAAAAGCCCCCCACCGACGGCGGAGUGGUCAUCCACCACCUCAACGACGGAUGCUCGCACGUGUUCGCCGCCGAGCCCCUGCCAAUGUCCGUGGUGACGCAGGUGCUGCCAAUGCCGCUGGGCGAGGACGGCGCGCACGUCUUCCCGGAGGGCGUGUGA